CCACAGCAGGACGGGAGAAAGGGAAAGGCAUCGCAGAAAAGCGAAAGCCACGCCUUGUCCCUUUUGACUGGUUCGAGUCCCUCUCUCCCUUCGCGGAGGCUGUCAGAGUGAUGGGACUACAAGAAGGACUCUAGGGGGACUGUUCCAGUGAAACCUAAGUGAGAUGCCUCCCAAAAGAUCAAAAGGGAAAACGCCUCAGGCCUCAGGUCAGAAUAGGCGGCCGAAGGGUCGUCGGGCGUCGGAUGACCAGGAGCAUAGCCGCCUCCUGUUGGAGGGAAAGGGGGCUGGCCCCCCGGAUAAGAAGGCGAGGAAGCGCAAAGGCCUCGCUGCCCCGCAGAGGACCUGCUCCGGAGAGAACCCCAACAUCUGCACCGAGUGCGGGCAGACCUUUGCGCAGAGCUCGGACCUGCUCAACCACCAGAGGAUCCACACGGGGGAGAAGCCCUUCAGGUGCCUGGACUGCGGGAAGAUGUUCAGCGUGAGCUCCAACCUGAGCCGCCACCAGAGGAUCCACACGGGCGAGAAGCCCUACCUGUGCUCCGAGUGCGGGAAGAGCUUCACCGACAAGUCGACUUUGGUCCAGCACGUCCGGACGCACACCGGCGAGAAGCCCUACCAGUGCAUCGACUGCGGGAAGACCUUCAGCCGCAGCUCCCACCACAAGCGCCACCUGAAGAGCCCGCCGGGCAAGCAGCCGGGCAAAUGUAGCCACCCGGAGAGCUCCCCCACCGACAAGGCCUCGCCUCCGGGCAAAGCCAAGAAGGCCAGGGCCUCGAAGAAGCAGAACUCUCCCUUCGAGAUCCCCCACACGUGCGCAGAGUGCUGGCAGAGCUUCAACCAGACCUCGGACCUGGUCAAGCACAUGCGCAUCCACACCGGAGAGAAGCCCUUUGAGUGCAACCACUGCGGGAAGUGCUUCAACGUCAGCUCCAACCUGAUCCGCCACAAGCGGAUCCACACGGGCGAGAAGCCCUACACCUGCUCCGACUGCGGGAAGAGCUUCACCGACAAGUCCACCCUCACGCAGCACAACCGCAUCCACACGGGAGAGAAGCCCUACACCUGCACGGACUGCGGGAAAAGCUUCAGCCGCAGCUCCCAUCACAAGAGGCACCAGCGGAUUCACGCCGGAGAGAACCCCGUCUCUUUCCUGCCCCUGUGGCCUUACCCUAACCAAAUGUACUGACGGUGACUCUUAACUAUGCCGGUGUGUCGUUUGGCGGACAAUAUUUUUUGGGGGGGGAUCUCUGGCCCGGCUGCACCCCAAACGUGACCUUGCAGCACCAAACACUUCCCUGUUUUUUGUUAUCACCUUCACUUGCUCCUGCAGCGGCAGAUCACCAGAUCCACCCUGGCCGGCCAAGCAGAUCCCUGACAUUCCACAACAGAACUGAGAGCGAACUUGAACCCCCAGCUCUCCCAACUCAGAAAUCUGUCUCGAGUAAUUUGGUGGAUGUGAUCGGAGCUCGUUCAUAAGGGCUUUUCUUUCCUACUUCUCUUCUCUAAAGCACCACCUGCUUUGGGUCCUUCCUUUAAAGUACCCUCUUUUAUUUAAUAUCAUCUAAGAUGUGCAGGUUAUAGGUUUUUUUAAAUAUAAAAAACUCAGUUAAUAGCAAUAUUAUUGCAAUGUAAUAAACAAGUCACGAUG